CUUGUCGGCACCGUCUGUCUCGGUAUUGGCUGCGUCUAACGAUGGUCAAAUUCAUAGUGGCGAUCAUUCUCGUAAAGCUGAUCAUGCAGAUGCUGAUACGAAUAGUACGCAAGAUAGUGUCCCUGCAGUAGUAUCACCAGCAGUGACCGUUGAGGAUCAGAGUGUAUUGCUGAAAUAUAUCCAGGAAGAUAUUGCUUCGACUGGGGAAACGGAAGGAGAGGCCAGUUCUUCCAAUUCACGAAACUCGAGGAAAAAAUCGACGGAAGAAUCGGCAGGAAAGCGCAAACCGAUCGCCAUCCCUCGCAGCAAUAGCGGUGAUCCGGGAAAGAACAACGGCGACCAUGGACCAAAAAUAGAACGGUCCCAUGCUGGCAGUGGAAGCAGUGGUCAGUACUUUAUGCAUGGUGGUUUAGAAGCAGCUGCGCCACAUAUUCAAACGAUGGUUGACUUAUCGCAAAAGGCGGCCAGUGGGAUGAUUGAAGUGGGCGUAGUGCACGCUCCAGUAAUUGAUGAAGGUGCACGCUCGGUCGACUUACGUUCCGAAGUAACACGCCUGAAAGACCAAGAACUACAGGACGAAUUCCGCAAGCUUGAAUUAGAGACUGCAAGAUACGAGCAGGAACUGCAGCAGAUGUCUCUACCAUCGAUAUCAUCAAACUCAUACAGAAACGAACAUGUAGCUAGUGCAAUCGAGCAACAUAGGACUGUUUCUGUUUCGAAGGAGAGCAGGAUUCAACUCCAAAGUUCAAGCAGCUCGAACACGGUUAUGACCACGGAUGUUAAGAUGAGAAAUGGAAGUACUGUUCCGGUUCCAUUGCCCAAUCGCGAUAUAAAUAAUGGCAACAAUCAGCUCUAUCAUGAAUGGCAAAAUACGAUGAAAAACCGUGAAGCGAGAUUGGUGCAACGGUCGGCUUCCUCUUUGCAUGAUCAGAAUGCAACCACCUGUAACCUAGUCACUAUGACACCGCCCAUGGUCCCACCUCCACCAAACGUCGAAGAAGAACACGUUACAAUGAAGGUAAAGGAUCGUGUCCGUGAAUUCAUGGCAUCGGAGGCAGCAAAAAGCGAAUCGCGACCAAUGAUUAGAGGGAACGGUAUGUCCAGUGCACCUGCGACACCCACUGCUAGCCGGAAACACAUCGAAGCUGAAUUCCAACAAUUUCGUGAAAUUCGAGCGCAAGAGCAGCAACGGGGACUGAUUGGAGGGAAUUCGGCAGCGAAGGAGAACGGCAAAGCACCAAAUGGUUUACCUUCCCAGCCUAUCGGAAAUGAUUCUCCAUCUAGAAUUCCCCUACCGAUCGGUAAAUUGUCGUCAUCUUCUACUAAAAAUGGUAUCCAGUCUACCUCGGAGCAGGGCGACGAUUCGGUUGAAGUAAAAGUAAAUGUAGCAGCGCUGAUCGCUACGCAUCAGGAGAAGCAACAACUUCAAAAAUCCUCAUCCUUCACAUCAUCGAAUGUGCCAGUCAAAUGCAAGCCCAAAAAUAUUGGUGUGAUAGCCGCAGCUCCGAAAGACCUGGUUCCUAUUGGUGUGGCUAAACCUUCCUUGCCGGAUGAAGCUACUGAAACAGCGGUAAUCAGCGUAAGCGAUAAAUGUCAACAGUUUGAACAUAGAAUACGCCAAAACUCGAUCGGUAACGAGGAAGUUCAGCAAACACGACAACGCCAACAAUUGAAGGGUACGGUUAAUGCUAGUGUACAUCAUGAUGCGUGUGAUGCUGGGCGUGAAGGCCUUUGCUUUUCCGAGGCUGAUCUGCUGCAUGAAAUCGAUCACGCACUAGUACUUGCUAAAGACUUCCUGUUUUCGCGCGGCGUUUGGUCACCGUAUAAUCGUUCGACUGAAGUUCUUACAAAAGAGGAACUCGCGGAGAGGACAUCAAACAGUAAAGCAAGCGAACCACUUCAGCAAGUCUGGGUGCCACGUAGUGCCCCACCAUCUCCAGCCCCAGAACGUCGCGAAUUUCGGCCCAUCGGGUACGAAUCCCCGACACCAAGCCGCAGAGCACUAGCGUCGCCCUCUCCUGCAGCAGUAGCGGCUCCUUGGACCCAGCCCGGUUAUUCUCCACCACUUGCGGUUUCGGAGUCGAAACUCAAUCCAUCAUCUAACGCAUCGUCCUCGAUUCGCUGUGGUAUCUCGACUUCGACACCACCGCAACCCCAGGGCCACGGGCAGCAGGUUCGCUUCGCUCCGCAACCUAGAUCAGCCGCUGAUACAUUGCAGCAAGAACCAACGAUCAAUUCGCUACUUAAAUCGAAAGAUGGCAAAGCAGCAGUAGUAGGAGACGCUGAAAUGGCAGCAGACCGACAAACGUCGGCGACAACCGUUACUAAACGAACUACUAGCUCCAGUCAACAACAGCAGUUAGGUGGUUCUUCGAACAGAAUCGUCAGUCCAGCACCUCGUACAGGGUAUUCAUCUUCCGAAAUGCAGCACGAAGGCGUGCAGAGCCAAAUGAUGCAGCAAACAGUGCAUAAGGUCGCUGGUAUUGGACCUACCACAAGGGAAGGAAUGCCGCUAACAUUAAGAUCAGAGAUCGACGAAGGCAAUCGCGAUAAAUGGUAUAAGCAAAUGUAUCAAACCUUGCACAAGGCCCACGAUGAUGACGAUUAUGUGACCGUGCGUUAUAAGACCCGUAGAGGCUAUCCUUACAAAUCGAGCGGCUACCAAUCGGAACCAGAACCUAAUUACGAUUCGGACUAUACGAUCAAGUAUAGUACGUUAGACCGCAGGAGAACUCCGAUAGGAUUGAGCCCUACAAGCUAUAACAAAUUCAACACUCAACAACAAACUACUCAACAUAACCAGCCCAUAAAGUCAGGCAGCACGUCUUAUAAAAAUCAUCCUGGAAGGAUUGAGAAUUAUACCCCCGGCCGAUCCUCAAUUUCGGAAAAAGAAUCGAAAGCGUGGUGGGACGAAGUGAUGGAUAUAUUCAACGGGCAAUUGGAACACCAAAAGCUUACCACGAGUAAAACCUAUACAGAAGGCAACCUCUCCCGAGCCCUGAAAGAGCAAGGGUACGAAAGUGAUUCGACACUGGUAUUUCGAAAACGGGAACCAGUGGCCAGUGCAGCUUUGAGCCCGGUCGAACAAAAGCAGUACUACAAAACCAUGCAGGCCGGAGGCGAGAUACCGCUACAUGGUUUCCGUAAGCCCGCACCAGAAAAACCAAAAGCUGACACCGACGCAUCGUGCGAGACGGAUCUAAAGGUGGAAAUUAGCGAGGAAGCUACGAUCAACCAUCCAAGUAGCUCCACUAUGUCGCACUGUAACAACCCGUUCUUAAUGGCAUCUUCGCGUGAGAUCGCAUGCUAUCCGAUCACAAGCAUAAGCCGUCCUUUGGAUAUGUUCGGAGCGUUUCCACAAGAAACACGUACCUUUGUGCCCGUAGCACCACCCGCUCCGCCGAGUCGCAAGAGCUCACGAAGCAACUCAACGCUGAAGAUUAUGUCUCAUGUCAAAACGAACCAUUACGAUAAGCGAACAACUCUCGAAACAACCCAAAGGACUGUGGCGUCGAUUUGCCCCAGAACGGUACGAAAGAUCGAUCAUUAUCGUUCCAAGUCGGCAGGGCCGCAGCUGUUCGCGGCAACUUCAAGCUCGUCCCUUGUGAAGGAAGAGAAAAACCAGGAAAACAGCACACGUGUAGCUUCCACCAAACGGUACCCUAGUCCGACCCAUCAACGUAAAUCCAGCCCCAGUCCGGUCGCGUUUGGCCGUGGUAUUUCGAAAGAGCGUACAUUUGCCGAGGAAAAGAAACGUAUCGAACAGAAGCUGCCGAAGGUGGUAUCAGUUUCGACGAGCAUUUUGCGCAAUCCGGAUCUUCGUUCGCCUAACGAAGUGAAGAAAGCCUUACGCAGCUCCUAUCUUUCACACGAGGAAGUAUCGGCAAGAGAGAAGUACGCCACAAUUGGGAGUCGAUCUUCACUGAAACGGUUCUCGUCUAAUGGAACAUUCCGCAGUGCAUCCAGUAUGUAUUCAUCGACGAAAAGUCUCAACAAAUGCGUGUCACCUGUUUCGAUUCACAAAAAAGACGAUCGUUCUUUCAAAGUGUCGAUGGUGUCGCCCGGGAAUAGAUCGAAAGAAUUGCCGUCUGCCAGGAAAGCUCAUACACGUGGCAAACCAACGGUUGGAACAUCGCCGAACGUUACGAUAAGAACAAGUUUUCAGAAGGCGUCGAAAGCAUUCGGUCUGAAAUCCAAAACAGCCUCAAAUCAAAGUCUGGCACGUACCAACUCAACAUAUUCCAUCGAUUCCACCAGUUCGAAGCGCAAGUCUCGUGUUUCUUACAUUCCAUCCACCUUGACCACACUCGCUAGGGGUAACCGUGAUGUUAAGCUACGGGGCUCAGGGUCUAACAGUUUGGAUCGUGUAGCGCAUCUCAAAAGUCGAAUUUCAUCAGACACGAAGAAAGGAGAAAGAUUUGUGGGGAGUAGCUACAGUGAGCACAUCGUUGAACAAACGGAGAAUGUGCGUACUGAUUCGUUCUUUCAGAAUCUGUUUCUUAAAAGCUCUGGUACUUCCGGUGCAACACCAGAACCAGGAGAAACAAGUGCAAGCGGUAGCGUUCUUGAGAAGACCCGCAUGUGGAACAGCUUAUCAUGCAAAUCGGAGCCCUCACUGAAGCCACCAAACUAUUAUCUAACCCAAGCGAGACCAGUAUCGUCAUCAAAAUUCCGUACUAUGGAAUAUCGUGGAGCCAAGUCCAAGCUAGCUGCUGAUGGGGAUCGACAACAUUGUCCUGCUGGGGAAAUGGUUGCUCAUAUGAACCGUUACGAAUCACUCUCGAAGCUAACUGAACAUGAGGAUGACCGGGAGCAGCAGCAACAGUUUGGCUAUGUGCGCGGACGACGCAUGAAAAUUGAUUAUAGUAUUCACGAGCGCAGCCUCAGUGAGCCAACAAAGUCAUCAAACGCCACAGGGCCCACCACUACAACAACAAUGACUACUAGAGUGAUCCAGGAAGAGCUCGUCAGUACCGGCGCUCCCCGUACGAUCGUUGGCCGUAGGGUGGAAUCCACUACGCGUACGUCUAGAUCACCUUCUUGCCGGCGUAUACAAACGCUGAAAGGCGAAGGACAUGUACGAAAGAUAGUUCGUGCUCGAAGUCUCAGUAGCAAUGAGCGUCAGCAUCAGCAAAAAUCGGACCAGGCAUUAGUACGCACUCAUUCACUGAACCUAAAUGGCGAGUCUGGUACGAACGUUUCACGGGCACGAUUCCGUGAGCUGAACUCUUUCUACAGUAGUCUCGAGCGACUCGGACAGUUGGAGUAUGUGACAUCGUGCUCUUCGAGCGAUUUGAGAACGAGGCGCCCACGUGAGGAAGAGAUCAUAGAUUUUGAUCUGUGGAAACGGGUGAGAGAACACGAAAAGGCCGAACGGGAGCUGUGGCAGCUGAAGAACAAACUGAAGCAGGAUCAGAAGGAGCGAGACUUUUUCUUCUUGCCUCGUGAUCCGGAGGAAGUGCGCUGGAAUAGUGAUCUAGAUACUGGACUACGUAAUCGUGAAAAAUCUGUCGAAGAUUUAAAGUGCGUUCUUAACCAGCAAGCUCUAGCCUUCGAGGAUGCAAAGCUGCGGCAGCUCGAAGUCAGCAAGGAUCACUACAAACCCCUGUGGCGCGGAUCCUCUGUGGUCGAUGUGGCGAAUCAGAUGGAGGAAAAGUACUCAUUAGCGAACGAGAAAAAGGAUGAGCCACAGUCACUGGAUUCGGCCACGGCUGGCAAGCGUUACGGCGUCAUCAGCAGCACGCUGCUAAGUACGCUCAGCACGGAACAAAUGCGAAAGCUGAAGAGUCAAUUGAGCGAAAUUUACAGCAGUGGAGGUCAAAAAGAACCCGAGGAACAGGAAAAAACGGUCUCUCGUGUUUUGAUGAGAACCGAGGAGCGUGCGGAACAUGAGUACAUCAUCAACGUACCGGAGCGUGCCAGUCGACUUGAAUCACUGUUGAAGGUGAGGAGUCAUUCGAUGCUGACUAAAGAUCAGAUAAAUGCAAGCCAUCUCGAAGCGUCUGAACAUAGCAAGAAGACCUUGGUUGACAUGCAAAAGUCGUUUGAGAGCAAAUCGGCACCACGUGCAAUCAAUAGUACAUCCACCGAAGAAGAGGCAAUCCAGCGUGCAACGCUCUCACGGUCACUUUGCCAGGAGUUGAAGGACAAAAUUCUGGAGAAGCAUCACACCCUUCCAUCGCUCGGUAAGAAUAGAAAAGAUCGGCUGCGACCGACGAUUCUACCCACCGAGCAUCGAUACCAUUCUCUCGAAAGUGGUCUCAAGAAGAUAGAGGGGGCCACCGUAACCAAGAAGCCACAGCCGAAAACUGCUCCAGAAUCUGCUAAGGUGCAGCCUCAACCUCUGUGCUGUGACACAGAAAGCAUUUCUUCGGAAACAUCCAAUAAAACGGUAAUCUUCCGAACCAGUGUCGGAUCAAUGCCGGUUCCGGUGGAACAGGAUAUUAAGAGCAAAAUCAAGUACUUUGAAGAGAAGCAAGGCGAAGAAACGCCCACAGUUACGGUGUAUCAUGCGCGUGAGGAUUCCUCGCCCUCGGAAGAUGAAAUGGGCGGCAGGCGGGACGCGACGGACUCAGAUCAACGAGGUACCGAAACCGCGAUCACGCUAUCACAAUCGUUCACCGAUUUGAAGGAUCUGUUUGGUGAAAAGCGGUCGGUAUCCUGUUCGUACACAACCUCAUCCAAAUGCUCGGCACCUUCGUCCGCUACGCCUAAGAACUUUACAUUCCGCUCGCGUAGCUCUACGCCAGAUUACGCGACCUGUAUACAGACGGGGGAGGUGAAGAAGAUCAAGGAUAAGUUUGAAAGCCUCGAUGGGAGUGUGUGGCGUUCCGGCCGAUCCGAAUCUCCAUCGAUCAGUCCGCGCCAGUAUCAGAGCGAUUCGGAGUUGAACCGCCCCUUUGCAGAGGUGACCGACUUGAGUAAGGACAAGCAAGGUCAGGUCACCAUUGUUCGCCAGCAUGAGUCGGGAGAUGUCUCUCGGAUGACACACAAAUAUGAAACCCAGUCACGGGUUGCCCGUUGUCGCAAGCGUAAAGAGCGGGUGAUAUCGCCCAUUUUGAAGCAUCCUUCAUUGCGUAAGGACGAUCGGUUCAUGCCACACAUUAACGUAAUCAGCAAGACGGCUUCGCUCAAGCGAGAAAUGAAACCGACUAGUCGUUCCAGUCAACAACACAGCAAGAUAGCCAAGCAUCAACCACACGAUGAGUCGGUUAAUGGAAAGAAUCCCAAGGCUCGUCGUAGUGCUUCGUCCGGUAGCGAGGAGAUCGAGAAGCUCAAGAGUAAGUUCGAAAUGACAUCGGUGGAAAAUGAUAAGAAUCUAUCGCUGCUCGGUAAGAUGUACACUUCGGUGCCCGACAUUCGUGAGCUGAAGGAUAUCUGCGGCUAUCUUUCGGGUGAAUGGAUUGCUCAUCAGUUCCCCAAGCCGACCGACAAUGCACGCUCACUUACUGCUCCCGAUCAGUCAACGGGAACACUGACUGAUAAGCAGCACGCUGUACC